CACAUGAGACCAGUGAGUGGCCACCAGGACCAUUCGCUCUGAUGAUCCCAAGCAUUGGCUGCCCAGAAUCAGGCCGGCUGGGUUGGAGACAAGGAUACAUCUCAUUCACCUGGAAACAGCCUCAUAUAAUGACGUCGGUGUCUUACUGCGAUUUUAACAUUGAAAACAUCAAACCCGAAAACGCCAUGAUAACGAAUGAAACAAAAAGGCAUAUUUGCUCACCAAUUUUGCCCCCUGAUGAAUGGGCUAGACAAAGCAUUUUGCGGGGACCAUUUAAUGCUUAUGAAUGGAGGCUGAACUUUUGCUUCAAAAUUAAAGACGAGUCUGUAAAAAUGAACCAGUCAACUUGGCCAAAUGCACAUUACUCUAUAUUUGGUGACGGGAAGGACUGUCCUAUUGGAUUUACAUUAUCUGAAAGGACAAUCGAAUUACCGGAAAUUACGUCAUGGAUGUCAUAUGGUCAUCUUCCUGGCUUUUCAAUAACAGAAAACAAAGACGACACUGCGACUCUUAUUUUAAACACUUGUAAUCAUAAUCCAGUGGACGACGGGAAUUAUGUCUUUCCAUUCUCAGGACUGUUUAUGUUGCUAAAGGACGAAAACGACGAUAUGUGUCCAAAUAUUCCUUUCGCCGAUGUGAUAACUGAAGCCGUGCAACUAAAACCAAAGGAAGGAAGCGUUGAAGUUAGAAAUCUUUUUGAGCUGUGCUACGUUAAAAGAAACACAAGUCAACCAGCAAUAUCAAGCUAUUUAUAUAUACCCCAGAAUGAACUUCCAUACAAAUACAAAACAGUAUUUGCGAUAUCAAAUCCGACACUUAUAUUUGGGAACUCAACUUCCGCCAAACCAGGCAGCUCAAAGAUCCAAGCUACUGACAAACCCUUAUGGACACACAUAUACGAUCAUACAACAACACCAUGGUUGGUCGUAGAUAUUGGAAGAAACUUUAUCGUGACUGGCAUACAAUUUGACAAUUAUUAUUUGCUUCAAGUUGUUUCACGUGACUUUUUAGGAUUUAGAAAUACUUCUGUCUCUGGUUGGCCCUGUCAACGUUGGGAUUCUCAGAGUCCACAUGAGCAUAGUAUGAAGAAUAAUGAUUAUUUUCCGGAUGCAACAGUUUCGGAUGCUGAAAAUUUUUGCAGGGACCCAAGUGGUGAUGGGUAUAUAUGGUGUUACAUCGAUUUGCCAUAUAUAAGAUGGGAGGAAUGUGCAACUUCUGUUUACAGUUUUAAAGAAACAGAGAGACCUUUCAUUGAAUGUUUCAUCAGUGAGACCAGAUGGAGACUAGACAACUUUGAAGGUGUCCGUUGUGAAUACUCCGUAUAUUAUGAAAAUGACAUAUUGUACUUCGAAUUUCAAAGGCCACUUGAAGGUCGAUAUUUAAAAUUGAUUGGUCACGAAGGAGCGGACAUGCUACAGUUUCAUAAAGCUAUUAGAGACAUUAAAGUUUUGACUACCGAGUACUUGACAUAUGAUGGCAGCCGAUGUAACAACGACCUCGGUAUGGGAGAUGAAAGUAUUUUGGAUUAUCAGAUAACAGCCUCAUCAUGGCUUGAACAUACACCACCCACGUCAGGUAGACCGUUCUCGCCCGGAUGGUGCGCUAGUUAUUCGGACAGUCAACCACACAUUACAGUUGACUUGGAAACCAAUACACACAUUGAAGGAGUUACAUUCUACAAUUGGGAGUUUAUUGAAGAAGACACUGCAGGUGGUGUAUUCAGAAAGAAAUACUUACCUAUAGGAAGUAAGAAAGUGAUGAUUAGAUACAAGAACGCAGAUAAUGAGGCAAUUGUUAAUAAGAACUACAGUUUUAACAUGUUCUUGCCAAUAGACCAGCCACAGACCUUCAGUCACAACCCAGUGCUAGCGCGAUAUGUAUCCAUAUACAUCAUUGAAUCACUUAUUCAAGAGGCAACGUGCUUACGUUUUGAGCUGCAUGGCUGCAAACGCAACAGUCGCCCUAAACUACUUGCCAUCGAAUGGCAUUCAAAUUAUUUACAAAAGGAAGAAAUGGAAACAAUAACAAGCAUACAAAUACUGAAUGAACCAUCUAUAAUAACAAGUAUUAACUAUCCACAACAAUAUGCCGGAGGCGAAACAUACACUUGGAAAAUUGUUUUCGAGUCUGGCAAAUACAUUCAGCUUUUAUUCACGAACAUAUUAUUAAAUAUACACACAGUAAAUCAUUGGGGCGAUUGUCAAGACAUGAUCUCAUUACAUCCUGAAUAUGUGAAAGACAGGAUGGCGAUAACUGAGGACGUCAAAGGAUUGGUGACAUUAGUAGACAUGGACUCAUCUAAUAUGACAUUAACAUUUACUUCCUGUAGACCAACGUCUAAAAUAAGGAGAUCUGGAAACGGUUUCAAAGCAAUUGUACAAGAAAAAG